UCAACUGGAUCUAGAAGGCAUAUCAUCGGUACGUCGUACUGGACGAUAGUGAUUCGAACAAAAUGACGACCAUGCAGAUGCCUAUGAUGCCUGUCCCGCCGCAGCAGCCGCCCGUCUGCGAACUUCCAAAAGUUUUAACAGUACAGCAACCGAAUAUGAUUAAUACUACACCUAAGACACCAGACGAAACAGAAACAAAGUUAAAUCUACCCUCAACACCCGAAUAUUUGGCACAGUUAUAUAAAGACAGAUCGUCGUUCGAGCUCUUUCCAAAUAUGUUUAUUCACGCCUCAAGACUAAUCGACGAAGAAAUAUCAAGGGUUAGAAAGACAUUAUUAUCAGUGAACACAGAUGUCAAACCAUUAGUCCUUCCAGAAACAGCAGGUCCUGUAGAAAAACUACAAGAAAAACUCUUUAUUCCCACAAAGACUUAUCCAGAGUAUAAUUUUGUAGGCCGAAUACUAGGGCCGCGGGGAUUAACAGCAAAGCAACUAGAAAGAGAAACAGGAUGCAAAAUAAUGGUGAGAGGUAAAGGAUCAAUGCGAGAUAAAAAGAAGGAAGAUCAAAAUAGGGGUAAGCCAAAUUGGGAACACUUAAGUGAAGAGCUACAUGUUCUGAUAACAGUUGAAGACAGCCAAGACAGAGCGAAGGUCCGUCUCAAACGAGCAGUCGAAGAAAUUAAGAAACUUUUGGUUCCAACAGCUGAUGGUGAAGAUGAGUUGAAAAAACGUCAACUAGCCGAACUUGCAAUAAUCAAUGGAACAUACAGAGAAGGUGGACAAAAACCACCACAACCACCAACGAUGCAACAGCCAACAAUUUUCAGACAGGCUGCUCCUACUCUCCAACAUGCUGCCACCAUCAGGCCCCCAAAUCAUUCUUCAAUGGCGCCCCCAGCGUAUAUCACACAAGCUCAGGCUAUGUAUUCAGCAGGGCUACAACGUCCAACGUUACUUACGAAUGGUGCCAUUCCCCCAACAUUAGUGACCCCGCCACCAACAGAAGGCUCUCCAAGCGGUGUCACGUAUAUUCCAAUGGAUGGUGGGGCCUACCACUAUGCCGUUCCUAUUAUCGACUAUCCAGGCGUUGGUAUCGACAGUGCAAUUGGUGCUGCCCCCAAAAUGAGAAGAGCUCCUACAAUCAGGGACCACCCUUAUCAAAGGGUCCUUGAUCCACGAGCUGUCACUGGCAACUAGUAGUAACUAACUUAGCAUCUGCACACAAGUACUCCUCUCCACGUUCAUAAUGUGUUGCGUUGCGUACAAGGCCUGCCAAAAAAAUCGUGAGUGGACUUAUUUCUCUCCACCCUACUACUUUUCACACCUCCUCGUACUUCUGUCAUUGCUGAUAUUAAUUUGGUGUGUAUCAAGGCAUCUCGAAAUCCCGAGAGAUUUUACUAUGGAACAAAAUGCUAACCACGCCCGCCAAAUUAUCUGCGGAAGGAUUAACCAAGGUAUUGUACGAGUUUGACCAACAUGAAGCAGUAAAACCAUUCACUUAGCAACUUAGAUUUAGUAUGUCUAUGGUGCAUUUACAUCCAGUAAUUGUAACUACGCAGCAAAAAUCCAACUGAUCAUUACUAGUUUACCCAGUUUACUCCUAAUUUAUAUUGCACGUAUGUUGUGCUAAGUAAUAAUGAUAUUAAUACAUCUGUUAGUUUACUAGUGGUGGUGAUGUUGGAUUUUUUGUGUGUAGGUCUUUGCUUUCUCCAUUAAAAAUCAUUUCUCUUGUGUUUUGUCUUGAUUUUACUCCUUUUUAGUUGCACACACUAUUGUUCCAUGUUUAAUUUUGCUCUAUUAAUAUCUAAAAUAAAAAUGUUUAAUGUCAUUCAUACCUGACAUUGCCUUAUAAUACUAGUCAUUAUUUUGUGUUAGCUUUGAAGGUUUUUAGAGUCAAAUAGACAAAAACUUUUCUCAUGAAACUUGAUGCUCAACCGCGUUGGCAGUUUUCGUUAAGUAUUGAGCUCUGUAAAACAAGGUUGAUGUGGAACAGCCUGAGUGUUAUUAAAAAGAUCUGUGUUGCCUUGCAUACAAUAAUGUAUUGAUAAAAAAUUAAAAUCUUCUGUUGGCCUUUUAUUGUUAUUGCUAGGAGGCUGUGUUACCUUCAACAUUGUUAUAUGGAGAUUGGAUGAGAUUUAUAUUUAUGUUGAGGUUUUUUUUUUUUGUUGUUGAUGCAUGUCUGAUGCAACAAGAUUUGGGAUGCAUGAGGAUACUCAUUUCAAUAUAUCUUGUUGUGCAUGGAAAAGGUAUUUGUUGUAUGUAUUUCUGAGGUAAGAAUGUAUAACAUUGUUCUCUCCCAAGGAGAAAUCCUUUCUGCACAGUUAUUAUUUCAUUAAUCAAAUCAAUUUUCAGAUGAUUUAAAAAAAUUUGUUUUAAUUUUUCCUUCAAAUAUGGCUAAAAUUCUGCUAAUUAUAUACUCAAAAAAAUUAUUUACUACCAACUCAUGUUUUUUUACCAUUGUAACCUACCUAUACACAACUAAUGAAUAUGCAUUCCCACCUCAUGAAAUAACGAGCAAUUAAAUGAAUUGUAUUAAUAAUGUAUUUAGUUUACAUGUUAAUUGGUACAUUGAUUGUAAUUGCUUUAAUAUGAAAGUGUUGCUCACAAAUCUACAAUGCACUAAUGUGAAAUUACUAUUAGAACUACUUUCUUUGGACCUUGUAUUUUGCUGUAGUUCCUAAUACUUGUCAUAUAUGUACUGAUGCUAAACAAUUUGCUUGGUAUAAUUUUGUUAUGUUUUAUACCAUCACUGGCCUGCAUUCUAUGUUGGCUAAAAAGUAUUCACUUUAAUUAACACUAUCUAAGUUGCAAGUAUAUACUUUACUGCAAAAUGGGUAUUAAGUGAUUUGGAACUGUCAAAUAUGUAUAGGUUUGUUUAAAAGCAUAAAUAAUCUAAAUUGCGGUCAAUCUCGUCUGGAGCUACAAUAUCGGUGGUCUCGGUGCAUUUUUAUAUUAAUACUAUACAAAUGGCAUGCUUGUGAUUUACAUCAUAAAACAUCCUCCCCAAAAAAUAAAUUCUAAUUAAAGCAUGAAUGGUGAAACACACACUGCUCUAUAUGUGGCAUGAUCAUUUUAGCUCUAUGAAUUUCUAUGACUGCUUAAUAAACCUAGACCUCCAUCAAUAUGGUGGCUGCUUAAUGAGCCUAAGCCUCCAUUACAGUGACUGUUUAAUGAGCCUAGGCCUCCUUCACAUUAUAAAAACACUAGAGCAAUAAGCCUUUGCGGCACCCUUAUGAUCUUCCUUGGAGCACUAAACCCUCUCACGUUUCUAUUAAACAGUAAUUAUCCUAGAAUGUAACUUCCUACAUACUUAAAAAAGUAAAAGAAAUAAAAAUAUUUUAUAAAUAAAAUAUAUAGCAAUAAUAGCCAUAUAACAUAUAUGACAGUGUUUCCACCAACAAAUUGUGAUGAUGACGAUGAUGAUGAUGAAUAAUGGUCAAGCCCAAAUGGUUUGCUAUGCAUCGACAACAAAAGAGGAGCGUUGUAUUUAAGAUACAGCUAAUGAUCUCAGGGGACACAGUAUAUAAGCAUACGUUACCUGAACGCACAUGUACGUACGACGACAAAACAAAUCUAUAAAAUUACUUCCCACUUGCACCGUGCUUCCACAUGUACAAAGAUGUUGGUGUAAUAGGAGUGCUCAUAUUAAUUAAAACAAUAAUGCAUUAAUACAUAAUAAAAUUAAAAAGUGAAUGCUACUUAAACAAAUUUGAAGAAUAAAUAUUGGUUUUGGUCACAAUUUGUUCGGGUAAAGAAUAAGCAAAUAAGUACAAUAUUCGAGAAUCGAACAAAAGGGGAUGGGGAAUUGUUUGUUUUUGUACCAACAAUGUAUUAUAUCUUAUGCAUUAUUGCUGGUGUCUUGCCAAGACAAAGGGGGGAUAGAAUAUUUAAAAAUUUCAAAAAGAUCUAUGUUAUUUGAGAUGAUGUGUAGAGGCUUUGCUUUUGUUCAACAUUAAAAACUUGCGUUUUUAGAAGAAUUUAUUGGUUUCUGUAAUGAAUGCUGCAGAUUGCCGUGUUCAAAUAUCCAAAUUGUAUUCUAAAAAAAUAUUUAAAAAAAGAAAAAAAAAGAAAAGAGAAAAUUGUUUGAAAGAAGUCUUCUGGAUCCUUCCUUUUUAAUGGAGUUAUCCUAGACGGUGUACCCCAUAACUUUGUAUACAUUUUUUGUAAAUAGAUAACACAGGGUUUUUACCAAAUAAGUAAUGUGUUUAAUUAGUUGUAUUACAAAUAUAUGCAAAUUACACAAAUUCCUGUGUUGUUUGUAGUUAUAAUUUCCAAAAUCUGAAUAGAAUAAAACUUUUGAGGUAUGCAAAAUAUCUUAUGCAAGCACAAAUCUUUGUUUUUAUCAUUAUAUUCGGAUUAAUUGAAAAGUUUGAUAUAGUAAAACAUCAGAUUUCUUGAAAUGAGAAUUAUAAAUAUAUUGAAGUAUUUCCAUGGAAUUCCAAAAUUUGUUUUGGUUGAUUCAAAAGGAAGUAUGAAUGAAAAAUUAUCAAACUUGCAGGUAGAAGAAAAAAAAAGCAUUUAUCAUUAUUCAGUAUUAUUUAAUUAACUAUAUAUAUUUUUACCCUUAAUAAUUGUCGUAUGUUUUUGGUACUUCUCCAUUUGUAUUUAUUUUACCUAUGUACCUCGCUAUACUUAAGCAUGUGAUUUUGUCGAGUAGUUGAACAAAUGCCAUAAGUAUCAACUAAAAAAAUCUCAAUUUUAAAAAAACAAUUUAAGCCUUAUAUCCUAAUUUACUGAUAAAUAUACACAUCAAUUUCAGCUAAUUAUCAAUUAUCAAAAGCGACUUUUGCUUUAAUGCUUUAAUUGAAAAAUGAAUUGCAUAAAUUUGGAAACAUUGUAUUAUUUGAAGAUGUUAUUUUUAAUUUUAAUUUCAAUUUUUUGAUAGGCAUAAAACCCCAUGUUUCUUUUUCCCCUUAUACUUUUCGGAACACCCUUUUUUUCACAAUGUCAAGCACAAAAAAUCCUGCUGAAAUCCAAACAAUGUGAUAAUGUGGGGUUCUAGGGCUGGCCAAGGGCUAAAAGCAAGUAUGUAAGCCUAUGUGAAUCUUUGUGAAAGAAAAGCGAAGCGGUUAAAAUAUAGAAGGAAACAUGGUGGUUUACUUGGCCUAAAAUAUAUUGCCUGUACUAAUAAGUAGAAAAGUAUUUCUAUGUUUUUGUGCGACAAGUUCAUUAUGCGUGAUUGUCUAAAAGACAAACUGGAAAACAACAAUAAUGAAACAGAACAUUGUUGAAUGUCAGAUAAUGUUGAAAUGUUUUAAUGUAAGAUUAUCAUUUUAGGUGCUAUAGUUUCUACAGGUGUGAACACAUGCAAUAAAAACCGGUAAAUGGGUAUUUAAAAACACAUCUUAUGGUUCUGAUAUAAUAAUUAUAUAAAAUCCUUAUAAUUAUAGUAAAGUAUAUCUGUAACCAUUACAUUAACUUGGUUGAAUGUUCUGUUAACAUUUAUAGCACAAUAUCUCAUUAAUGUUUAUUUUUAAGCUAUGCAUAAUUUAAGUAUUUUUAUUUUUGAGGGUCAGAACAAAUGUAGGUUUGCCAAUUCACCUGUUCAUAUUAAUUUGUAUAAUCUUUGUAAACUUAAGCAAGUGGUAUAAUACAAUUAUUUUUAUAUGACUAGUAUUGUGGUUUUCUAGUUCAGUUGUGUAGUUAACUAUUUGCUAGUCAAUGUAGAAGUUUGUUUGGUUUUGGUAGCAUUUAUAAACUUAGCGUAGACUUUAAGAGAAAAAAAAAAGAUGAAAUUAUGCCAAUUAGAAAUAAUGUAUAAAGACAACAUAGUUUGGUUACUUAACAUUGCAUGUUAAUAUGGGGCAUUGUUAAUUAAUUAAUUGUUAAAAUUGUUAAUUGUUAACAUUGCAUGUUAAUAUGGGGCAUUGUUGAAUUAUAAUUAUGAAUGUUCACAUCACCUUAACAACAUCUAUACUCUAUCUCUACUCUUCACUGAGUGUCGCUUUAGACACCAAACUGGUUUUAAUUAAUACUGGGCCUAACGUCCUUUAAAUGUAAACCCAGUCAUAACAAAUUCCAUUAUGUUCUAGGGUUGAUUAAUAUACCUUAAUCAUAAUAACAUCUUUAAUCCUAAACAGCACAUUAAUGUUAAAGAAAAUAUGGUUGUAAACUUUGACCUCAAUAUGCAUGAGUACCUAAAAUGCUUGGUAAUAAUCUAAUGCCCCAAUUGUAAAAAGAUGGAGAUCAGUAAGAAUGAUAGCUUAUCAAGGUAAGGUAUAUCGAUAGGUUCAUGUUAAAUGUUCCUUUCUUUCAGCUAUGCAAAUUCUUAUCUUUAGUGGGUAUCAUUCUUAAAGUCAAUGGUGUUCAAAAUAAACUUUGGUUUAAGUUGGAUACCAUUGGUAGUGGCAGUACAGAUAUGCAUGUCUGUCUGACGAAUAUACCAACAGUGAUACAUAGUAUAUAUACAAAAGUGAAGUAAAUAUUUUACAUUUACUCACUUAUAGGUAAUUUUCGUCAUCACUAAUCUUUACCCAUUUGAUUUUUCAUUUUUGUUUUUGAUAUAUUAACUGAAUAAACAGUUGCAGCAUUUAACAUUUUGACUACUUUGCUUAUUGGUGUAUGAAUUUAAUUUACAAAAUCACACUAAAACCCCUAUUUGACGACACACUGCCUAACUCCACAACCCAAAAUAAUGCAUUUGUGACUUCAUUAAUAUUAACCAAGUUAAAACCUGUUAAAAAUGAAAAACACCUUAACAUCUAUAAUAAUUACUAGGUGCUAUAAGCUAUGUGCUAGCGUAUUGAGCUGGACAGUGGAUCCAUCAUUUUUCCAUUUACUAAAGUGCUGUGAAAAUAUGCUAUACAUGUACAUGGUACAAGAUGCAGGUAACUGGUUGGAUUAAUUGUGAAAAGAGAGGCAAAUACCACCCACAUAAUAGUGAAGAUAUUCUAUACCUAUUCUAUGAUGAUGGAGGUUUUGCCUUCAGUUUUUUUUACCAUUAUUUUCUCACACAUUAUGGACACUGGUUUCCGCCUGCAUUCUCUACCCCAUGUUCUUUCUUUAUUGGAUGAUAUGAAGAAUUUUAAACUUCUAAUCAGCUGCUGAUUUUAUUGGCCAUAUACUUUUUAUUUAUUUACCCUCAAAAGAUUGAAGAAACGCAUUCCUACAUCGCAAAAAGAAAUAGCACAAUUUUCAAAUUACCUCUUGAGACAAUGGAGACGGCUUGUUCUAAGGUUGACUUUUCUGAAUGAAGUUAAUGUGAUUGCUGUCUUUAAAGUAAAAAAAAAAAAAAAAAAA